UCACAGUUUUUCAAGACGCUGUUGAACUUUGUUACAAUGAGACGACUUUUAUCGAAACUGAUAAACCGAGCGUUGCUGACUGAACCCUUUGCACCAAUAAUGGACAUUGGAGCAGGAGUCCACACAAAUGCUCGUCGGAGGCUGAUUGUGGGACUGGGCAACCCUGGAAUGAACGGUUCGCGCCACAGUGUGGGCAUGGCUGUGCUGGAAGCACUUGCUGCACGGCUGAGGUUAGCUGAAAGCUGGCAUGGCGAUAGGCACGUUUCCGGUGAGGUCAUCGUAUCUGACAUCCAGGACACCCAAAUUGUGCUUCUCCGACCACGACUACUGAUGAACAUAAACGGUGUAUCCGUGGCCAAAGCAGCGGUCAAAUACAGCAUCAAGCCUGAGCACAUCCUCCUGGUUCAUGACGACUUGGACAAGCCCCUUGGGAAGCUUGCUAUGAAACAAGGAGGGAGCGCCAGGGGUCACAAUGGUGUGCGGUCCUGUGUUGAGUGUCUGCAGACAGAUGUGAUGCCCAGACUCCGUGUUGGGAUUGGCAGACCAUCGGGUGAAACAUUAGUGAACCGGCAUGUUCUGGGGCGCUUCUCUCAGGAGGAGCAGAAGAUUCUCAGCGGGGUUCUAGAGCAGAGUGUGGACAUUCUCCUCUCCCAGCUCAUUGACGAGGAUGUGCAGUCCCCACUGUUGCCACCAGGAGGCAGACCGGCAUUACAGACUGGGAAACGGAGGGUUUGCUCAAUUUCUCCAGCAAAGGACACAACCUGCCAGACAUGAGACUGACCAGAGACUUUGACAGAGCCAGUGAAGCUAUGACGGCACUCUGGGAUAGUAGCUUUGCUGCUGCUGCUAAAACAAAGCUGCCUCUUACAGAAACAUGAAAGUGUGAACAUGUUUUUAUUUAUUGGGACUUUAUUUAUUAUCUAGUUUGGGAUGUAUGUGAAAUGAAUACAAAGUAAGCACACUGCAUUUCAAAGACCAAAAGUGUAGAUAUGCAUAAGAUAAUCAUUGCAUAUCUCCUAGAAUAGUAUGCAUUCUUUGUUUUUUUGGCCUAAUCUACAAUCAUGUAAAAGGUCCAAGGAGUGACCAAGACAUGAUAUUAGAGUGAUUAAACAAUAAAACCAUCAUACCAAUAGCA